AUGUCCUCCUCAUCUGGCGUUUUACGGUUUCUCGGUUUGAUGGUUUUCUCGACGAGCGUAGUGUAUGGACACGGAGAUAAUUGGAAAUUAGUUUUUCAUGCAGUGAGUGGUAACGGAAAGAGUGUUCUUCAUGCCAGGAAUACAAUGUCCCCGGCAGUAUGUACAACAGACUCAGGUUGUCUUCCUCUUAAAUUCAAUCUGGAUAACUGGAGGGACAAUGUGACACAUCUCCGAAGUCCUCUAAUUGACAAAUGGAAAUCACUCAAUAUUGUGAAAAUUCGAGUAACAUUCGGUGGACAGGGAAACAUAUUUGCGUUCUUAGAAUUUGAUGGAAGUGGAAGCGACAAACUAAACUGGUUUAGCAAGUCCAGACUUCUCCAUGGUAGUUGGUCCGAUCUCAAGACAUCCAACACAACCUACUUCUCUAUAAAAGGGUGA